ACUAAAACCCCAAAGUAAGUCCCAACCCUAAUAAUCUUCCCCUACACUCUCAAAUUUCCCCCAUUUCCCUCCUCUCUUUCUCUCUCUUUCUCUCUCUCUCUCUCUUCUCGCGCAUGCCAUCACUCCCUCUUCCCUUUCCCUCUCUUUUCUAAUUUCCCCUUCCUUUUUCACUCAUGGGCAAGUACAUCAAGAAGUCCAAAAUCGCCGGCGACGUCGCCGCCGUCAUCAUGGAGGCGCCGCCGCCGCACUCCUCCCUCGGCGUCCGCACGCGCGCUAAGACGCUCGCCCUCCAGAACUCCCCGCAAUUUCCGGACCCCUCCGCCUACCUCCAGCUCCGCAGCCGCCGCCUCCUCAAGCUCCCUCCCCCCGCGCCGGAAAAUCCCCGCCGCUCCGCCGCCGAAACCGCCGUCGCCAAUUUCGCCCACGCCCUCGCCAAAACGACGACGUCCGAAAAGUUUCCACCUUUCGAAGACGACAACGCUGAGUGCUCCUUCGGCGAAAAUUUCUUGGAAGUUGAAGGUCGAGAAGAAAGAAGCACCAGGGAAAGCACCCCUUGUAGUCUAAUAAGGGAUUCAAAUGCCAUUCAUACCCCUGGUUCAACAACAAGGCAAAGGACACGCCAAAUAAUCCAUGAACGCGUACAAAGAAAUAUUCCAUCGGCUUAUGAGAUGGAGGAGUUCUUUGCUUAUGCAGAGAAGCAGCAACAAACAAUAUUUAUGGACAAGUACAACUUCGACAUUGUCAAUGAAGUACCUCUGCCUGGACGGUACGAAUGGGUCCCAGUACUCCACUAAGAUAAGCUUCAGUGUCAUAUGGUGAUAUGGAUUUCAAGUAGAGUUAUUAAACUUGUAUUUUAACAUCUAGCAGCUUUCACUAACCUUUUAGAUUGCAUGAGGCUCUUCGUUUAAAGGGAAAGGAUCUGUUUAGAAUUUUCUGAUAUCUGAGUAGUGUAGGGUUUUAGUGUCUUUCUGAUUUGUAGGGUGUAGAGGGGGUAUAUGGUAUAUCUAGUUUCUAGGUCAUCUUUAUUGUAAUUUCAUUAUCUUCUGUCUAUAAUUCAGUGGGGAUUAGACAUGAUGUUAAUGUAGAGAGUACUCAUUCAUAUCAUCUUGGUCCUCAACCUGGAAAUUUGCCAUAUUGAAGUUUUA